UGCGCCUGUCAUUUUAAUACUGUUACAGGCAUAUAUGUCUAUGGUUACACGUUGUCGGACGAGAUUUUACUAUUUAUUUGUCCGUAUUCGGGUAGAAACGAGUAGGAAACAGACCAAUAACCAUAAAUUAGCUCUCUCCACGUGCUGUCUAUAGGAGGACAAAUAGACGCCUGUGCUGCCUUCAACUUCCAACGAUGAACGGAGGAAAAUUAAAGUGACAAAACGCCUUGUAUAUAUAUAUUUUGUUUUAUUUGGUUUUUUUUCUACUGACAGCUGACUGGCUCAAGGAUGGCAGGAGGUUCUGACCGUAAAAAAGAUGAAGAGGGCCACAGGGACACAAUGAUUGGUUUCCUGCAUGGAGGGAUCUCAAGCUUGCUAUCCACCCUCCCCACCCUCAUUGUUUUCCCUGUUUACAAAACCAUUUUCCGUCAACAAAUCCACAACAGCCCAGUUCACCAGGCAGUGGGACAGCUCUACAAGGAGGGCCCCAUGAAGCUCUACAGGGGCGUGGCCCCACCGUUACUGAUGAGGACCCUGAAUGGCACGCUGCUCUUUGGCCUCCAGGGCACCCUCCUCAAACAGCUCUCACUGUCAUCCCAAAAUGUCAUCCCUGCCUCUGCCCUGCCUGCUCUGGCUGGGUUUGGUGCAGGCAUGGUAGAAGCCGUGGUAUUCACCCCCUUUGAGCGCGUCCAGAACGUGUUGCAAAAUGGCCAAAACGACCGCCAUCUACCCACCCUGAAGAGUGUUCUUGUCAGGCUGAGGGCACAGAGGCCGGCCUUAGGGUUCUACAGAGCCUUGCUGCCCAUCACGACCCGCAACGCUCUUGGCAGCUCCCUCUACUUUGGCCUGAAGGGGCCGGUGCGUGCUUUUUUGGAGGAACAGGGGCUCUCUCAGGGGGUUUCCUCCUUCAUCGCAGGGAUGCUGACCUCCAUGGCAACCAGCUUGACUCUCUACCCGCUGUCUGUGCUGGUGGCAAACAUGCAGGCACAGGUGGAAGGGGAGGUGGCAGGGGUCACGGCUUCUUGGAGGAAUCUGUGGGAAACUCGCCAGCGGAGUGUGGCUCUGCUGUACAGAGGGGGUUCUCUGGUUAUUUUGAGAUCAUGCAUUACGUGGGGAAUCGCCACUGCUAUCUAUGACAGGCAGCAGAAACGCUCAAGUUGAAGAGGCACCGUUGAAAAUAGUUAGUUUUACCGUUUGUAUUGUUUAUAAUCCAGAAAACUGUGCAACUAUUUUACAAAGAUUUUUUUAAAUUUAUAUUCUGAAAAUUGUAUUUUUGUUUGUCUUUUUACCUCUUGUGUUGUAUUCCUUAUCACCGCUAAGUGUUAAAUAUUAUAUAUAGUUAAAUAUAAUAAUAUAAAAAUGGUGCUGGUGAAUCUCAGGUGCCUUUAAUUUGUACUGUCUUAAAGGGGAAUUUUACCAUUUCAACUCAUCAAAGUCAGUUUCCUCAUCAUGGGAAGUACUACUCACUCAGGCUAUGAAAGCAGUUGUAUAAUGUCCUCUGUGGCCCUGGAGGAACAUUGAUUAUUUGCUUUUUGCUUAGUUUUGCUUUUAUUAAAUGGCCAGUGAGUAACAUCUGGCGGCAUCUAGCGGUGACGUUGCAGAUUGCGGGUGCCGAGUGAGUAGAAAAUGCAAUGUGAAAACGUGAAUGGCCUUAGCUAGAGCUGUUGUAAGAGUAGCAAAGGUCAUUUGGAGAAUAGCAGAGCCAUUGUGUAGAAUGUGUGUGUACCUGGGUAGUUAGUGGAGCAAGAGAGAGAGUUAGUUUAACUUUGAGAAUGUCAAGUGAUCAAUGCAAGUUGCAGUUUAGGCAGAAGUAAAUGCUGCAGCUCCUCAAGA